GUGCCUCGCUGGCCUCGCCAUCUCUGAUUAUUUCUACAAAGACGCUGCCAUUACGAUACGCCCUCACAGGACAAUUUUGGAGUUACAAAGGUUUAAACAACACUAUUCGUGAGAAUUUUACCCAAAAUAAGAAGAGUGCAGAAUGGCUGCACCAUUUACAGAAAAUACUAUUAAACUUGAAGAUUCCGGUGAAAAUGUUACAGAAAUACAAUCUUAUUUGGCAGGUUUUCAAAAGGAAAUAGGAAGUGAUUCAGCAAUUCAGCAAGUAUCAGGGGAUGAUGAUGGAGAAGCUGAAGAAGGAACAUAUUUUGUGGAUCAAGCUGGUCACUAUUAUUUUCAGGCGAAAGGGGAAACGCAGCCAGUCAUGACGGUUAUGUCGGGCAUUGGCGAAUCAUCCGGAGGAGACGGAGAAGAGUUUAUAAUUAAUCACGACAAUGAUGCCGAAGAAGGUGAAGAUAGCGAGGAGCCGAUGCAGAUCCAGGGAGAGAACAAUCAGAUACUUAUAAAUUCUGGAAACGCGUAUCAGCGGGUCACCGUUGUCCCGGCUGAUACAAAUUCUGGUGAACUGAGUUACGUGCUUAUUGUUCAAGAUCCUGAUUUAAAGGAUGGCGAACAAACAGACGGAGAACAGGACAUGGCAGUUUACGAUUUUGAUGAAGCUGAAGAAGGGGGUAUGGUGGACUCAGACGCGGAAGACGAUAAGUCUAAAAUAGUUAAAAUUCUACCUCGUAAAUCUCAAGUGGUGACCCAGGCGCAUAUGUGUAAUUAUUGCAACUAUACCAGUCCCAAGAGGUACCUCCUUUCGAGACAUAUGAAGUCCCAUUCAGAGGAACGACCCCAUAAGUGUAGCGUGUGCGAGAGAGGUUUUAAAACGCUGGCGUCCCUUCAGAACCACGUGAAUACCCACACGGGGACCAAGCCGCACGCGUGCAAGUAUUGUGAAGCCGCUUUUACGACAUCAGGUGAACUGGUCCGGCACGUGAGGUACCGCCACACGCACGAGAAACCCCACAAGUGCACGGAGUGCGAUUACGCAAGCGUAGAGUUAUCGAAACUGAAGAGACACAUCCGCUGCCACACAGGGGAACGCCCUUACCAGUGCCCCCACUGCACGUACGCCAGUCCCGACACGUUCAAAUUGAAGCGCCACUUGAGAAUCCAUACCGGAGAAAAGCCGUAUCAGUGCGAUAUCUGCCAAACUAGAUUUACACAGUCCAAUAGCCUGAAGGCGCAUAAGCUGACACACAAUAUUGAUAUUUUAGUUGGAGACAAGCCCGUGUUCCAGUGCGAACUUUGCCCGACGACGUGCGGUCGUAAAACUGACCUGAGGAUACACGUUCAGAAAUUGCACACUUCGGACAAGCCACUCAAGUGCAAAAGGUGCGGGAAAUCGUUUCCGGAUAGAUAUAGUUACAAACUCCACAAUAAGUCACACGAAGGCGAGAAAUGCUACAAGUGCGAUCUGUGCCCUUACGCUUCCAUAUCGGCCCGACAUUUAGAAUCCCACAUGUUAAUCCACACGGACCAGAAACCAUACCAGUGCGACAGCUGCGACCAGGCAUUCCGUCAGAAACAGCUUCUCAAGCGACACCAGAACCUCUACCACAACCCCGAGUACAUUCCCCCGCCCCCCAGAGAGAAAACGCACGAGUGUCCAGAGUGCUCGCGCGCCUUCAGACACAAGGGCAACCUAAUCCGGCACAUGGCCGCCCACGAUCCCGACCCCAGCAUCCAAAGGAAGCAACUGGAAUUGAGACUGGGUAGACAGAAGAAGAUUCAAAUGAUAGACGGCCAACAGGUAGAGGUGAUGCCCGGAAUCGGAUCGGAUGAGGAGGAGGAGAUCGAUAUGAUGGCAGUGGAAGGGUCCGACGGGCAGCAGUAUGUCGUCCUGGAGGUUAUUCAACUGGCCGACGGGGAGGAACAGGCCAUGGUGGUUGGGGACAGUUCUGGCGAAUUGUUAGGGGAGAAUAUUUUACCUGAUAGUGAUCUAAACGACGAGGAUGUCCUUAAGGCUCUACAGUCUGCUAGGAGAGUUGCCAAAGAAGAAUUACAAGAUGAUGAGGAAGAAGACAAGAAAAUUGCUACGACGGCGAGUGAUAUGCAGAAUUGCUUCGGAUUCGAUGAAGACGAAGAGGACGACGACGACGGUGUGAGGACGGGAAAGGAAACGAUUACGCUUUUAGGUGGCAUUGACUGAAUUACUUUUUAAUAAAAAGAAACUAUUUGAAACUAGUAUUGUUGUAAAUUUUUUACUUAUUUUUUUUAAGUAAAUUUUGUAUAAUACAUCUCGUAAUAUUUUAUGUUCAAUUUUCAACGAAUGUUGUUUAUCUUUAUAGGUGUAUGUAAAUUUUUGUACAUAAUAACGCACUUUAUUAUUCCAUUUUUAUAAAUAGCACGUUUUUUUAUCAUUCAGGUGUAAAUAGUCAUACAACUUGUUUCUAGAU